AUGACUGAAACAUAUCCUACUCUUGCGCAAUGCGCAAUAGUUGCAACCGCGUUCAAGAUCCUCCUAUUCCCGGCCUAUAAAUCUACCGAUUUUGAGGUGCAUAGGAACUGGUUAGCUAUCACGAAUAGUCUACCAAUAUGGGAAUGGUAUUACGAAAAGACUUCUGAAUGGACUUUGGACUAUCCUCCGUUUUUCGCCUACUUCGAAUGGAUUAUGUCUCAGGUAGCAAAGCUAGCUGACCCGGCCAUGCUUCGAGUUUAUAAUUUAGGCUAUGAUAGUUGGCAAACUGUUUACUUCCAAAGAUUUACAGUCAUCGCUACAGAAUUGAUUCUGAUAUACGCCCUGCAAUUAUUUGUCGAGUCUUCGCACGGGGUGACCAAGCGUGCAACCCAAGCCGCCGCAAUCUCAGUUAUCCUCUCCCCUGGCCUUCUCAUCAUAGACCAUAUUCACUUUCAGUAUAAUGGGGCUAUGUACGGCGUCUUGAUCUUAUCAUUGGUCUUAGCCCGUCAAAAGACAGGCCUCCUAGCUAGUGGUAUCAUGUUCGCAGCAUUGCUAUGCAUGAAACAUAUCUAUCUUUAUCUUGCGCCGGCUUACUUCGUUUACCUUCUUAGAACCUAUUGCCUCUCGCCCAAGUCAAUAUUUCGUAUCCAAUUCCUCAACUGCUUAAAGUUAGGAUCCGGCAUCAUCGGCGUAUUCGGACUGGCGUUCGGGCCAUUUGCACUUAAGAACCAGAUUCCUCAGAUCCUAAGCAGGCUAUUCCCAUUCUCCCGUGGACUCUGCCAUGCGUACUGGGCUCCAAACGUAUGGGCUAUGUAUUCCUUUGCGGAUCGAGUAUUGAUAUUUGUUGCGCCACGGCUGGGAUUGCCGGUUAAGUCGGAGGCUAUUAAUAGCGUUACAAGAGGUCUAGUUGGGGAUACAGCUUUUGCAGUACUUCCUGAGAUUACACCUAGGAUAUGUUUUGCGCUCACUCUCCUAUUUCAAAUCAUACCCCUCGUGAGGCUGUUUUCCCGUCCUAACUGGGAUGCUUUCAUAGGAGCAGUCACUCUCUGCGGCUACUCGUCAUUCCUCUUUGGAUGGCAUGUUCAUGAAAAAGCCAUUCUACUCGUUAUUAUUCCAUUCAGCUUGAUCGCUCUCAAGGACCGGCGGUAUCUCAGUGCGUUCCGUCCCUUGGCAGUAUCCGGUCAUGUCUCGUUAUUCCCACUGCUAUUUACUCCUGCCGAAUUUCCGAUCAAGACAGUUUAUACCAUAUUCUGGUUGGUUCUAUUUCUGAUGGUGUUUGAUCGCACUGCUCCGGCUUCAAGUCGGCCGAGGUUCUUCCUCUUUGAUCGGUUUACUAUUCUCUAUAUCACGGUUAGCAUACCGCUGAUCGUAUACUGCUCAUUGUUACACCGAAUCAUAUUUGGCAAGAGCUACGAAUUUCUGCCUCUAAUGUUCAUGAGUUCAUAUUCAGCAAUAGGGGUUGUUGGUAGUUGGAUAGGGUUUAUGGUGGUAUAUUUUGCCUCGUAG